AUGUGUUCAAUCAAAGCUGUCAUUAUCGUAAUUUUCUGCGUACUAGUGGUGAAAGCAGCCAAAUACACUGGUCCAACGAAUCAGGCUGGCUUGAACCUAAUCAAGGAAUUUGAAGGGUUUAGAGCAAAUUUUUAUCAGGACUCUGUCGGCAUUCGAACCAUCGGAUAUGGCCAUGCUUGUCACGUAUCGAACUGUAAUGUCCCAUUAAGUGGCCGGUACGCUGUUCCACUGACGACGACGAACGGGGAACGACUUUUGCAAGAAGAUCUUCAAGAGUUCGAGACUUGUGUUCGAAAUGCGAUCACGUUCAGCAGUCUGAACGCCAACCAGUUCUCAGCCCUUGUCUCCUUUUCCUUCAACUUGGGAUGUGGGAGUCUGAGGAGGUCCUCCCUUCGCACCCUCCUCAACCAGGGGGACGUGGGUGGGGCGAGUCGAGAAUUUGGGAAAUGGGUCCGUGCUGGGGGUAAGCGACUCCCAGGCCUCGUGCGGAGACGAGGAGCAGAACGAACAUUAUUUUGCUCGGGAGGGCUUUGCUAA